CGGUCCCCGUCCCCAUACUUCGAGAAGCUGGACUGCGAUACGAAUUCGGGGAGUUCGAUGAGCUCUGCCAUAAAUUCCCUCUUCAGUUUUACGUCACCCGCUGUCAAGAAGCUGCUAGGAUGGAAGCAGGGAGACGAGGAGGAGAAAUGGGCUGAAAAGGCUGUGGACUCGUUGGUCAAGAAGCUCAAAAAACGGAAAGGUGCAAUCGAAGACUUGGAAAAAGCCUUGUCUUGUCCGGGUCAGCCUUCAAAAUGCGUCACCAUACCGAGGUCUUUGGAUGGACGUUUGCAAGUUUCGCAUCGCAAGGGCUUGCCUCAUGUAAUCUAUUGUCGGGUUUGGAGGUGGCCUGAUUUACAGUCUCACCAUGAGCUCAAACCGAUCGAGCUCUGUCAAUUCCCGUUCAGUGCCAAGCAGAAGGAUGUCUGCAUCAACCCUUAUCACUAUAGACGGGUUGAAUCACCAGUGCUACCACCGGUUCUGGUCCCCCGGUACUCCGAAUACCCACCUGGCCACAACGGACCGGUUGGAAUGCCGCCCGUGCCGCCCCCGGUUCCCUUCCGGCCCGUGCCAGAACCCACAAUGCCACACAAUGUAGCAUUCACACCUCAAGGAUUCAUCCAACAAUCGCCUCAUAACCAGACCAUACCCUCGCCUAAUACCCUGUCUCCCUCGUCGCUGCCUCCAUCUUCACCGCAUUCGAUGGGGAUCGCUGAGACGCCCCCGCCGGCAUAUUCUCCGAGAGCCCCUUUUUCGGAAACCGACCAUCAAAAUAACAAUAAUUCGAACAACAACAAUAAUAGCAGCAACAGCAGUAGUCUCAAUCUCAACACCAACAAUAACAGCAGCAGCAGCAGCAACAACAACAGUCAAGACCACAACUCGAACAGUCCGCAGCAGAUGGACAUUUCCGUACCGAGCCAGCCUGCUCCAGCAGAGAUGCAUGCCGUCGACUACCAGGAGCCUCAAUACUGGUGUACGAUAGCCUACUACGAGUUGAACUCGAGGGUGGGUGAAGUUUUCAGAGCCCAAAACCACAAUAUAGUCAUCGACGGCUUCACUGAUCCUUCGGAAAAUUCGCCUCGUUUCUGUUUGGGUCUGCUGUCAAAUGUCAAUCGGAACUCAACGGUUGAGAACACUCGCCGGCACAUUGGCAAGGGUGUGCGUCUCUACUAUGUGGGAGGCGAAGUGUACGCUGAAUGUCUCUCAGAUUCAGCGAUUUUUGUGCAAUCGAGAAAUUGCAAUCAUGCUCACGACUUCCAUCCGACGACCGUCUGCAAAAUUCCGCCGAAUUGCUCUCUGAAAAUAUUCAACAAUCAUGAAUUCGCCCAACUUCUGACUCAGGCCGUAAACCACGGAUUCGAAGCGGUCUACGAGCUGACGAAGAUGUGCACCAUUCGGAUGUCAUUCGUCAAGGGAUGGGGCGCCGAAUAUCACCGCCAGGAUGUGACGUCGACACCAUGCUGGAUCGAAAUCCACCUUUCGGGACCGCUGCAAUGGUUAGAUCGUGUACUCACUCAGAUGGGUACUCCGCGUGGAGUCAUAACAUCUGUAUCAUAG